GGGAUGUUGCUGACCACCACACGUGACUCCCAUUGAUAACAGAUCCAGCGAGAUAAGCUGUAGGACACGCCCCCUACCGUCGUAACCAAUAAAACGGUCGUCUCCAUGGCAACCCACCUAAGCCAAUCGACGGGUCGGACUAUGGAAGUGUAGGGGCGGGGCGCCGUGCAGUGUUUGCGUCAUGUGACAUUGUUGGUGGCGCGCGCGCCGCUCGUGCCCGAGACCCGGAAGGAAGCGGCGUCAUCCAGUCAGUCAGUGAGCGGAGCCGCCGCCGUGAUGAGCCUGCCCGGGCCGGUGCUGUCCUCCGGGUCUAUCCCUCCGGGGGUCGGCAUGGUGGCUGGGCCUCGGUCCCUGCAUGUGGAGCUGCACACUCAGCAGAGACGGCUUCGCCACCUGCGGAGUAUCGCGGCCCGGAACAUUGUAAGCAAGAACGGGUACCGCCUGCUGGACACUUACUUCACACUUCACUUGCUGGAUGGUGAAAAAAUUUACAAAGAAUUUUACAAGAGUGAGGUGGUGAAGGAUUCCCUGAAUCCAACAUGGAGGAGUCUGGACUUCGGUCUGAUGCCUGACCGGCUGGAUACGUCUGUGUCCUGCUUCAUUGUCAGGAUAUGGGGGGGCAAGAACGACUCGCAUCGGCUCUUAAUAGAGUGGAAGGUGAAUCUGGAUGGACUGAAGUACUUGGGUAAUCAGAUCCACGCCUGUAACCAAAAUGAAAUAAUUUUCGGUCUCAAUGACGGAUAUUACGGCGCCUCCUUUGAUAGUAAGGGUAUUACGGAGUCGUGCAGAAACAGUCACCUGCAGGUGGAGCAGAAUGCGGUACGGAACUCCUAUGGAGUGUUCUCCCUGCUGCGGCUUCAUCGUGCCCAAUGUGCCAUCAAGCAAACGCAGGUGACUGUCCAGAAAAUCGGGAAGGAGAUUGAGGAGAAGUUACGAUUAUCUUCUUCUUGCAAUAAGCUGAAGAAAGAGAGUGAAUGUUUACGUCUGAAAAUCCUGGUGCUUCAGGACGAGCUGGAGAGACAGAAGAAGGCUCUGGGUCGGGAGGUGGAGCUGCUCCAUAAGGAACGAAACGCGCUGAAUGUUAAACGUAAUAAAUUCAACUCCCAGCGGGAGAAGCUGCAGAAGAAAAGAGAAUCCCUGAAUGAGUUACGAAAAGAGUGUACGGCGAAGAGGGAGUCCUUCCUUAAGACAAACGCACAGCUGACCAUUCGCUGCCGACAGCUUCUCUCUGAGCUUUCCUAUAUUUAUCCAAUAGAAGCGGUGAGUGAAGAUCAUAGCAGGCUUGACCAAAAGGAUUACUUUAUUUGUGGAGUAAAAUUGCCAAAUUCAGAGGAUUUUCAAGCUAAAGAUGAUGGCAGUGUGGCUGUGGCAUUGGGCUACACGGCUCACCUGGUGUCUAUGAUUUCCUUUUUCCUACAAAUCCCCAUGCGGUAUCCUAUUCUCCAUAAGGGCUCCCGAUCUGCAAUCAAAGACAACAUCAACGACAAACUUACGGAGAAGGAAAGAGAGUUUCCAUUGUAUCCAAAAGGAGGUGAAAAGCUGCAGUUUGAUUAUGGCGUUUACCUUCUCAACAAGAACAUAGCUCAGUUAAGAUAUCAACAUUCACUAGGGACCCCGGAUUUACGUCAAACUCUUCCCAACCUGAAGACUUUUCUGGAGCACGGCCUCAUGGUCAGAUGUGACAGACCUCAUACUUCAAGUGCAAUCCCUGUUCCAAAGAGGCCGGCCAGCUCCACAUUUGGAGGCCACGAUAUUGGGUUUUCCAGUCGGACUCCAACACCGGAAAGAGGACCUAGGAAGCGCGCCAGCUCUGAGAACGAGCGAACACAAUACCGAACCCCUCCACCGAGCUACAAAGCAGCAAUAGCGGAGCCCAUUGCAAUAUUAGUCCCGGCGACGCCUUCAGACAAGGGGCACCUCGCCUCCUCACUGGACGCCAGCAUCGGUGCGUCCAAGGGAAGCGCUCGCAAGGAUUUUUGCGAGAGCCUUAAUGGCGACAGUAUAACGACCACAGAUAGCCACGGCCGCAGCCAGGCGGAGAAUUCCUCAGACUCUUCUUGCGCGGUCAAUGGGACUUUUUUGCAGAACGAAAGCUUGGAGUUUGUAAGUGAAGGGGUUCCCUGCGCUGUGCACCCCUCCGUCAGCGGCGACCUGCACUGCGCCGUGGAGCAGGCCGAGGAGAUUCUCGGCACCGAGGCCUCAGACUUCACCUCAGGGGAUCAAUUAGAAGCGUUUAACAGUAUUCCGGUGGACCGCGCCGUGGCCGUGGAGUGCGACGACCAAGUCCUGGGAGAGUUCGAGGAAUUCUCCCGUAGAAUUUAUGCACUGAACGAGAAUAUGUCCAGUUUCCGCAGACCGCGGAAGAGUUCCGAUAAAUAACCAGGUGACACCCGUAGGAAAAAUGUCUCAUUGCACAUCAUUAUCCUUUGUAUUCAACAAAAGAAAACCACUUUGUUUGUUUUGGACAUUUUGCGCCAUUCUCAUCCUUCCACUGCCACCAUGUAAACUACAAUUACCUAAAGAAAAAACAUUGUUUUAAUUUAAUUAUUUUUUUUUUUUUUAAUCAUAAAGGGGCUCUACGAAAUUGUUUUCCAAAGUAGCUACACUCUAUGGGGUGGUAAUGUCUUGAAGGGGGGGGGUAGAGCUGCAAUACCAGACACAGACUGUUGACGAGUGUGGUGCUGUUUUAGAAAACAGAUUUAACGCCAUUAAAAGCUGUGUACAUCUUUGUGGGCAAUUUAAAAUGUAAAUGAAAUGUAAAGCAAUGUUUCAAAUGGCUGACUUAAAAAAAAAAAAAAAAAAAAAAAAUUCUGUAAGCAUCUACAUCUCCAUGGUAACAGACUACAAACCAACACUGUAGUCUAGUCGCAAUCUACUAUAUAGUCUCCUAUAGUUUCCCUGCUAUUAAAGGGUUACUCCGCAGAAAUCCAACAUGCCCGAUUCUUCUCUCCUCCGACACCAUCUGUUGGGGAAAGUCAUGAGGACGUUACCGUACAUAUUAGAUGAUUGGGAGUUCUGCAGUCAAGUUUGGUUGACGUGUCUGUGUAUGGGGUUGGGGCCCUUUAUUCCAAUUUUUACCAGAUGUAUGUUAAAAGAUUACUCAGGGCUGUGGAGUCGGUAAAUAAAUGUUCCGACUCCGCAGUUUUUUUUACUUCCGACUCCUGUAUUAAUAUGCGAAUGUAUUUAUAAACACUUACAGUUGAAUCCAACAAGCUUUUCCACCAAGUUCUUCUAAGCUCUUCUAGCAGAGAGAGGUUGUUGGGCAAAAGCUGCUGCCUUCUCCUUUUUGUGUGCUGAUCUGCUGCUGAAGAUAGGGCAAUGGGAGGAUCCAGCAAGGGGCAUUUAUUAUAAAACAUGAUUUCCCUACUAGAAUCCCAUAGUCAUGUUUAAAGUUUAAGCUAACAGCGUUUACAAGUUUUUAUAGCCUUAGCUUAAUGGCAGCAGUUUUUCCAAUGGUUUACAGCUUCAGUCUCGAACUAUUGACCCUCCAUUUCCUUCACUUAUACAAGUGUCUCUAGUCCUGCAAAAAAACAUAUUUACUUAAAGGGGUUAUCCAGGAAAAAACUUGUUUUUUAAUAUAUCAACUGGCUCCAG